AUGAAAAAGAUAAAUAUGGUAAAACUGCUCUUCAUAAGGCAGCAUGUCAUAAUAGUAAAAAAAAUAGCCGAAGUUCUUAUUUCACAUGGUGCAAAUAUUAAUGAAAAAGAUAAUAAUGGAGAAACCGCACUUCAUAAAACAACAUAUUAUAAUAGUAAAGAAACAGCCGAAAUUCUUAUUUCACAUGGUGCAAAUAUCAAUGAAAAGAAUGAUGAUGGAAAUACAGCUCUUCAUAUUGCAGUAGAAGAAAAUAGUAAAGAAACAGUCGAAAUUCUUAUUUCACAUGGCGCAAAUAUUAACGAAAGAAAUAAAAAUGGGUUUACCGCUCUUCAUAUUGCAUCAAAAAAUAAUAGUGAAGAAAUAGUAAAAAUUCUUAAUUCACAUAGCGCAAAUAUCAAUGAAAACAAGACCUGCUACCCUUUAUAA